CCCGCCGAGCACCCGGGCUCGGCCGCCGCCGGGGAGGAGGGAGCCGCCGACCAGGUACUGCUCCACACGGAACUGCUGGCCAGGAACCACCACGCUGCCUCCUCUCCCUCCUCUUCUUCCUCCUCCUCCUCCUCCUCGCAGACCCCCCUGGCUUUCUCCCCGGACCACGUCGCCUGCGUCUGCGAGGCGCUGCAGCAAGGUGGGAACCUGGACCGCCUGGCCAGGUUCCUAUGGUCUUUGCCCCCGAGCGAUCUGCUACGUGGCAACGAGAGCCUGAUGAAAGCCCGGGCGCUGGUGGCUUUCCACCAGGGGAUCUACGCCGAGCUCUACAGCAUCCUGGAGAGCCACAACUUCGACUCCUCCAACCACCCGCUGCUGCAGGAGCUCUGGUACAAGGCUCGUUACACCGAGGCGGAGCGAGCCCGGGGCAGACCCUUGGGGGCGGUGGACAAGUACCGGCUGCGGAGGAAAUACCCGCUGCCCCGCACCAUCUGGGACGGCGAGGAGACGGUCUACUGCUUCAAGGAGAAGUCCCGCAACGCGCUGAAGGAGCUCUACAAGCAGAACCGGUACCCCUCGCCGGCCGAGAAGCGCAACCUGGCCAAGAUCACCGGGCUGUCCCUCACCCAGGUCAGCAACUGGUUCAAGAACCGCAGGCAGCGGGACCGCAACCCCUCCGAGACCCAGUCCAAAAGCGAGUCAGACGGCAACCCCAGCACGGAGGAUGAGUCCAGUAAGGGGCAGGAGGAUUUAUCUCCCCAUCCGCUCUCCAGCUCGUCCGACGGCGUGACCAGCCUCAGCCUCCCCGGCCACAUGGAGCCCGUCUACAUGCAGCAGCUCGGAAACACUAAAAUAGCCUUGAGCUCAUCGGGCGUCCUGUUGAACGGAAACCUCGUGCCUGCCAGUACCUCUCCCGUCUUUCUCAAUGGUAGCUCUUUUCUCCAGGGACCCAACGGUGUCAUUCUCAAUGGACUCAGCGUGGGGGCUUCGCAGACGGUGACCUUAAAUUCGCCCAAAACCACGUCAAGCGUUGUGAGCAACGGAGUGUCCAUUACCGACAUACUGUCGUCUUCGUCAGAAGAUGUUAAGGACUUCAAACUCCUUCAGGCUUCGGUCCCCAACACCGCAGCAGCCACCUUCAGCCCCAGCAACAUCCCGGUCUCGUUCCCAGGGUUGAUACCAAGCUCAGAGGUGAAAAGGGAAGGCGUACAAACUGCUUCUUCCCAAGGUGGAGGCUCCGUAGUUACUUUUACUGCCCCUGUCCAAAUAAACCAGUAUGGCAUUGUCCAGAUCCCCAAUUCAGGAACAAAUGGCCAGCUGCUGAACGGAAGCAUUGGUUUUUCUUCUCUGCAGCUGCCUCCCGUUUCUGUGGCAGCUUCACAAGGUAAUGUUUCGGUAAAUCCCAGCACAUCCGAUGCAGGAACUUUUACGACUGAGUCUUCAACAGUGCAGCAAGGAAAGGUUUUCUUCAGCCCCCUCACUCCGAGUGCAGUUGUUUAUACGGUUCCCAAUUCAGGCCAGGCAGUAGGCUCUGUCAAGCAAGAAGGACUGGAAAGAAGCCUGGUGUUUUCUCAGUUGAUGCCGGUCAGUCAGAACACGCAACUAAAUGUAAACAUGUCUUCUGAAAAUAUAUCCAGCGGAGGACUCCAGUCCCUGGCCUCCUCGUUAGUGAAUGUAACACCCUCGCAUAAUUUUUCCCUCACGCCACCAACUCUUUUAAAUGCUGCAGAACUGAACUCUGGUAUCUCGGAGAGCCAGUCCAUGUCAUCACCCGCGACCAGUACCUCUACCGUGAUAUCUAUCAGCAACACUAACUAUGCAACCCUUCAGAACUGCUCUCUCAUUACCAGUCAAGAUCUGUUGUCCAUCUCUACAGCACAGCCCGCACUUGGAGAAAUCGUUUCUACAAGCGGGGACCGUGUCAGCCACCCGUCUACACAAGUACAUCAAGAUUUUGUCAGAGAGAACAGGUUGGUUCUGCAAGCCGUGCCUGACGUCAAAGAGAAUUUCUUACCUAAUUCUGAGAGUAAGUCAACUGGCAAUUUAAUGAUGCUGGAUUCGAAAUCCAAGUAUGUUAUGAGUAACAUGGUUGACACGGUUUGCGAAGAACUGGAAACAGACAAAAAAGAACUUGCCAAACUGCAGACAGUUCAGAUGGAUGAAGAUAUGCAAGACUUGUAA